AUGGUGCUGCUGAGCCCCUCAGUGGGUGGUGUAAUUAGUUUGUUGCGCAAAUGUGAGUCGUACGCGGAGGCCCAUGGGCUCAAAUACAAUGCUAGCAAAAGUGAGAUCAUGCUAUUUAAAGCGGGUAAUAAGACCUAUAAUGUGCCCCCUGUGAGUCUUUGUGGCACUCCUUUAGCACAAGUGAAGCAUUUUAAGUAUUUGGGCCACUGGGUCACUGAUGACAUGUGCGACAAUAUGGACAUUGAGAGGGAACGCAGAGCGCUGGCUGUGCGCUGCAAUAUGCUUGCCCGUAGGUUUGCACGAUGUACAGAGAAGGUGAAGGCUACGCUUUUUAAAGCAUAUUGCCAGUCCUUCUACACGUGCAGCCUAUGGAUCAGCUAUACGCAGCGAGCAUACAGCGCUCUGUGGGUCCAGUACAACAAUGCGUACAGGGUGGUAUUCGGGCUGCCGCGACACUGUAGCGCCUCGGGUAUGUUCACGGAGGGACGGAUCGAUGGCUUCCACGCGAUCAUCAGGAAGCGGUGUAGCUCGCUGUUGAGGCGGUGGCGCGCCAGCUCUAAUACCAUCCUGUGCACGUUGGCCGACCGGUGGGACUCACCGUGGCUGAAGCACUGGGUGCAGCUACAUGCCCCAGUGUGUCAGAAUUUGUUUUAA